UUCACUUCCGUAAUGGAUCUCGCACGAUUUAACAAUAAACCUUGUCUGUAACAAUUUGUUAUAAAACGAUUAAGCUUAACUUGGACAAAAUGAACACCCAAAUGAUCCAUUCGAUAUCGACCACUCGACUCGCUCAAUUGCUCCAUCUGUUUCGCCCGGUAAAACAUCUCGAGGGCCAAAAUGCUCUGGUUCGGGAAAUUCACCCUCCGAGUAAAGUGUGCGUAUCGAGGAUCGUGAGAAGAGUGAUGGAAAUUUGAUAGCGUACUGGCUAGGCGCCGGUUCUUGGCAUGUGAAAAGUAAGAGUGAUGGUGAUAUGCGUAACAUGAGAAGUAAACAAUCAGAACGGUUAAACAUUCCAUUGCUAGACGAAUUUCAAUGUCAUACAAUUUAAAAAAGUUCGAUUUAUAAAAGUAACAAGUGAUUUAUAAAUAUGAUUUAAUCAUAAUUAUAUAAGCAUUUGAACUACACCAACAACAACAAAAUGAAAUAAAACAUAAAACAAUAAAUAGAUCCGAGUGGAAACUUGAAUUCAUCCAACGCACAACAUUGUUUUCGCGGACCGCAACAAAGAAUACAAAAAAAAAUCCGUAAACACUGCAGGGCAAAGAAGAUCACGCACACAGAAAGCCAGACACAGACAGUGGAAAUAACAACGUUGCUAGGCAACGGUACCAUGCUACCACAAAACUGCGUAAGCAAUGGAGAAGGUUACCAUAGGCACACAGUUGGUAGUGAAGAAAAAAAAAACACACAGGUGCCGAGCGAUCGCAACCAUCAACCAGGCGCCAUUCGCCGAACAACUGCUGGCUGCAUCGGAUCAGUCCACGCAGAGCCCACGGAGAAGAGAGCUCGUAGCAAAAAAAGGCUUACAGCUGCGUAACAGUGUGUGCGUGCGUAUAUAUCUUUGCCGCGGGUGUUAGAGUAGAAUGUGAGGUUUGCCGGGAACGAUUCGAUCAUCCUUCCCUGUGUCCAGUGUUCAGUGCUCCCGGCCCUUUUGAUAGCAGUGCGUUAGUGCGUGUGUAAGAUAGAUUGGUGUAAUUAAAGUACAAGCUAUACCUACAUGUGUGUAAUUGGAAAUGUCGUAAUAUUUUAGAAAUUAUUAUGUUAAAGGAAAGGAAACAACAUUUUGGAUUCGAAUUUACACAGUGACAGUGCGUAUAGAAGAGUAAAUUUGGAAUUGUGAUCUAUAAAAUAUGUAUGUAUGUGAGGGUACUAAGGAAGAAAGUGAAACAAAGUCUAGAUAAUUUCGAAACAUUUAAAAAACCCCGAUUACAUUUUCCACUGGACAAAUCGUUGAAAAUUCCGGUGAAAACUAAUUUGGAAAUAAUUUUUAAGUGCGUGCAUCAUUUUCACUUUCCCAAAACAAAAAAACCACAUCCAGCUGCUGAACAUUCGACAAAACAGCAGCAAAGAACGUCCCAAAACGGAUCGAAUCUAUGCAGUGACCUACAUCUUAGCGGCCCUGCGGCUAAUUUUGAAGUGUUUUUGCUGUUGUUGUUGAAAAAUCCGUGAUUACACACGCCACGCGCCGGAAACGGAACAGCGCGGAACACGUGUAGCAGCAGCAGCAGUUGUUGUGUGACACGUGGUUGAGUGGUUGAAGCAUCGACCCAUCGACAAUUCGGAAUUCGGCGAAACGGGGCGGCCCAGGAUGGGACUGCUUGAAUGGAUCAAAAAGGACAAGCGUCACCGACGGCGUGACAGUGCUCCUCCGAAGGUGGGUCAAGUGCAAGAUUUAGCCUACCUGGAGGCGUUGGCUAAAUUCAAUGAAUGGCGAACACAGCAACGCAACAGCGAUAUACAGGCAAACCCGAAAACACUUACCAGCCAAGUGAAUGCAACACUUCCGCCACGGAUAUCACUGUUGGCUCACGGUACCAUCAAGGAGGAACCGUCCGAUGAUGACGAUAGUGACUGUGAUGGUGACUUCAGCUCCGACAUCGAAUUGGCCCGGGACGAGCGGAUGAUACUGAACCGUAGCACCAGCCGAUUUGAAGUACCGAAAUCUCCACGAUACACCCGGCACCAUCGCUCCUCGACAGUGGCUCCAGUAGUUACACCUUCGCCACAGCUAACCGAUGUGGCACCGAAGAAGCCGAAGCGCUCCGUAGAAUUCUAUCGCAACAUCAAUCGUAUCCCUACCGACGCAUCAUCGAACGCGUCUCAGCACUCCAACAGUCAGUGGAACAACGGGUCCAAAGCGAUCGAGAAAAAUCAUACCAAUCCGUCCGAUACGCGACUGUCACUGCCGGCUGUGCUUGGUUCGGAACCAAGGGAGCGGCUACCAAAGCGUUCUAAGGCAACCACUCCGAAACCGAACAACACGAUCUACGAGAACGAAGUGGCCGAAUUCGAAGCGCACCACAUCAACGGUACGUUUGGGGAUUCGUACGUGGUGCAGAGUCCCCCACGACUGUUCUACAAAGCGAACGCAAGCCCGUAUACGGACGGUACGCCAAAGAAGCAAAGCAAUCUUAAAAACCGUUCACGUGUGUUUAAAGACAAACCUGCACCGGCACCUCCCGUGGCAGGUCUGACAGCGACACCAUCUGUACCUCUGUCCAACUGUCUACCGAAACAGCGUCAGCAAAGUGAUUCGGAUUCACCACUGACCGGGUCCUAUCGGAAGUACGAGCUAAAUUCAUCCUCCGCCUACGACGAACACGUCAUCUCUUCCCGUGCCUAUCGCGGUUCGAUGAAACCUAAAAGUGCCGAAAAGUCUACGCCAACCCCUGCCAAACAGCGUCACAAAUCACUCUCCUACCAAACGAUUGUUAACAAACAUGGAGAUCUGGUAGAUUAUGCACUACCGUUCAGCGAUAACGCGGACACUACGGCUGAGACUAAGCCGGAACAAAAUAACAGCAAGCAGCUUACGCCGGGUCAAGACACACUGGCCGAGAUACGUAACUGUGAGCAGCUGAUUAACGAUAACUUUCAGUUUCUGCAAACGACUGCCUUUCACGAUGAGUCUAGCAGCAUUAUUACCGAACCGAUCAGUGUGCUGAAGGGCCGAUCUAGACGUAUUAUUACCGAUCUCGAUCGGUCCAAUGCGAGCACACUGAAGGAGGAUGAAGACGAGCUGCUGCAACAGGAAAUGGAGCGUGAGGAUGAGCUGCUGCAAAGCCGACAGCAAGCGAUCGAUACACAGCUGGUUCAGUUGGCCCUGCAGGACGAUCCGCAGGAUAUUCUGCUGGAGUUGGAUUCGCUGCAGAAGUGGAGCAAAAGCAUCCAGAUGUCAGAUGAUUUUUUGCAGACCCGCUACACCGAGCGAAAUUUGCUGGAAUGUUUCCGGCGCAGUAUCGGUAGCAAUUUGCUGACUUGCUUCCCGAAUGAGGUGCGGUACCGUGUGGGAAGUUUACGCAGUGCUUUUGCCUGCCCGCUAGAGUUUUCCUGCGGUUUGUUCCGCGGAGUGGCAGUGACAUUGCGCAAGUACUCACUAAACACGGAACGGAGCCUUUACUUUGCAGAGGAAGCAUGUCGGCGAGAUUUUGAGGUACUGUCGCAGGUCCGUCAUCCAACGAUGGCAACACUGAUGGCUGUAUCGUACGAUUCGGCCCUUAACCAGGCAACGCUACUGCUGGAACCUUUCGAUUUUACGCUUUUUGAUUAUAUUCACAAGAUGAACAAAAGACUAUCAUUGAUUCAUGCUAUCACUGUUGUCCAGCAAAUCUCAUCCGCCGUCUGCUAUCUGCAAGAGUGCGGUUACAUCCAUUCCAACAUAUCCAGCGGAUGCAUCCUGAUGCGACGUUACCCUUAUUCCGUCAAGCUAACCUCGUUUGAACUGACUACGGAUGCUUCCUCCGAUGAAGUACGGCGUGAAAUUGAGAAUCGUUACGGCAGUACAUCUUCGUCGCGUAACUCAAUGACCUCCUCCCAGAACGACGAGUUAAAGAAGAUCACUACCUACGCACGGCUGAUCAAGAACGAUGAACAUUUUCUCCGUGACAAGUAUCGCAAGCUGUCGUCGGAAAUUUGUGAAAACCGAUCCAAACCACACGGUGCGCAGCUUUCGUUCGGCGAUGGUUCGGGCUAUGAUUGUCGGGCAAGCAAAUUCUUACCCUACUGCAAGGAGUACCGGGAGAAGUUUUCACUGUUCUACUACGUAGCACCGGAGCUGCUCAUUCCGAAGGCGAGCUUUGUCUAUCCAAGCAAGAGCACCGAUGUCUACUCCGUAGCUUUGUUACUCUGGGAAAUUCUCAACGGUUACGUACCAUUUGUUGUGUAUAACAGAGCAGAGCUAGAGAAAUUACACACCUCUGGCGAUCUCCCUUUGCCAAUGUUUGAAAAGGAACGCUGCGAACGCUUCCGGCAAAUUUUCGAAGGUGGGCUUGGUGAUCUUAAUAGCAGAAAAAUCACUAUAGGAAACGUGGUUGAUCUUCUCGACUGUUUGCUGCUAGAGUUGGGCAUGGAGAAGAAUGGCACCUACGAUUGGUUGGCAGAAGAUUACGAAGAGCGAGUUAACUCGUCUGAGGUGCGACUGAAAAAUGAACUGAAUGACGUUCGGAAGCAGAGUGCACACAUUGAGAAAGCGGAUAAGAUCUACUUCCGCACCGAGGAAACGGAGGUAACCAAGGCACCAAAACAACUUCCAAAAAAACCGAUCAGGAAUAUCAACAAAACGAAAGCACCCACUCAGCAGCAACCACCAAAGCACCACGGUCAACGAUGGUCGGAUAUAAGUGGCAAGGAACGUGCACAGACUGUCGACAAAAAGUCCCCACUCAGCUCAACCUUUAGCCUUUCGAACUCUGCGAUCUAUCAAACAAUCUUCGAUUUUAACAAUAAGUUCCUUUCGCCAAAAUCUUCCUCGAAGCAAGUGUAUGAUCGAACAAGCACGGUUAAGAAGCAUAAAAAACCACCACGUGCAAAUAAAAAGGCAGCCAAGGAGCUGUUCGACGUGAAGGAUCAGCUUAACAAGAGCUUCAUCGAACAAAACGAACCAGAUGGUGAGGAGAUAAACAGUUGCAAACAGAACACAGAAUUCAUGGUUUCUAACGAACUGCAAAAAGCGAACUCUUCUACCAGUUCGUUAGCACACGCAAUGUCCGAUGAGCCGAAAAUUAAUCCAGAGCCCAUUCGACCAUCUUGUAGCGAUUCCGAGGAUAAAGGUACACCACUGCAACGCGAUCAUCCGUCGAAAUCUUGCGACAGUUCGCCAGGUACAAGACGCCGUAGUAUUACACCGAAGCUCAACAACUCAUUCCGCUUCACGAUUGGUGAUUUUACCCUUCCCGACACGCCGAUAGCACGCAAAAACAAAAUACGAAAGCACGCCUGGCUAUCUGAUCAAAAGCUAAAGAUUACUGAUGAAUCUCUACCCGUCACACCGGAGGAUUGCCGUAGCAAAUCCUUCUUCAACGCGGAACUGGCAGCUCGCAGUGGUUCUUUUCUUACCUCUACUAAUCUAAACUGUUCCACAUCACUGCAGGACAUUAAACCGAAACGCAUCAACAUAAGCGUCAACAUUACGCGCACUCCAGAGACGCUCACUUCAGUUACGGUGCAAAAGAACUGCACACCGAAGCUGAUUGUUAACGGAGGCUCACCAUUCGAGGAUACGCUAUGGAAAAAGGAGAAACUAAUCUGCGAACGUAGCCAACUGUCGGUAUCGGAUGAUACGAAAGAAACAACAUCGGACACUUGCUGUUCCGAAGCACAGAAGCCAGACGUGAAUGUUGGAGGAUCUUUGGAUGAUUCUUUGAGUGUUGUAACCGCUCACCUUUCAUCGGUCCGAGACGUAAUAAAAAAGAUUGAAACGACGUUUGAAAAAACUGGAUUCGAUUACAGUCCGAUACGAAAGAUGGAGGGUAGUGGAAAAAAACCGGCCAAUGACGUAUGCUCAAGAAAAAGCGCCGAAGAAUCGUUGGUAGUAGAGGAGAACUUACUUGUUCCUACCAAGGUCCUUGAACUAGAAAAGACGCUCGAAGCGGAGGAAACAUUCGCCGCGAAGGAAACCGAUGACGGGGAAGUGAAGGAAUCAAUAUCUCAAAAGGUUGAUUUUCCAUCAAUGCCAAUUCCUGCUCCUCCUCCAACACCUCCAGCGUCCACGGAUUCGCCGAUCUCAGCUGUAUCUCAUCUGAAUAUACUGCUGGCCAAUUCACAAUCGAAACCAAAGGAAAUACCACCACCAGGACCCAGGAUUCAGGUACAACAAGCAGCGGAAAUGGACAGCAUUCCCGUGCCGUCUAACGUCCCGGUAACAUUCGCGCCAAACUCCCAACUAUUCCUUCGCCGAAAGGCACUCAACGCCGGUGCAAACAAUUUGGCCAUCCACCAUCAGCAAACCGUUUACAGAGAGAGUAUCGUGUCAAGCACGGAGCGGUUGGCAACGUUUGCAGAACCGUCGGUUGCGUCAACGACCACCACCACAACUUCUGCCACUUCAACGGCCAUACCACCAGGAAGUGCACGAAAGAAGAAGCUAACCACACGCGUUACGGUAAACAUGCGCAAAAUAUCACGCCGUGCUUCAGACAUUAGUCCAGCUUCUUCACGGCCAAACUCGGCCAAUCUGGACGAUGUAGAUCUUCCGUCAUCUGGCUGUAUCACACCAACUGGCACCGGACAGGGAUGUGGACUAGGCGCGGUUCGACACUCUUGUGGCAAUGAGCUGUUGCGUGCCUUUUCUAAACUGAGACUGAUCACACCGGAAGAUCCGGCAACGAAAUCGUCUAGCAACGAUCCGAAUGCAAGAUCUGGAACACCAGUGUUCGUUGGUUCUGGUACGCAUCAAAUUGCCACCGGUGCAGCGAACCGAUUCGAACGUUUUGUGUGUUGCAACUGUGGCAAUUCGAUGGUUCCGACCGAAGGGCUUAAUGUCCCUACCGGAAGCCGGAUCGGUAUGACAGCCGCCUUCGGUGAGAUGAACUUCCCGCGAGAAAGCUUCGUAUCCAUGUUCGAGCCCCCGUUGACACCAACACCUGGCAGUGCUAUGGCUAGCCGGUUUCAUUCGAUGACUCCAUUCCAGAAAUCAACCGAAGAUCUUUACAUCGACGAUGACUUUUGCCAAGGAUUAAACCAUAUGGGAGCGAACAUGGAGCUGGUCGAACCACUCGACGAAGGACAGUUCCUCGAUACGUACGGAUACGACAUUUACGCCACAGAGAUCUACCAUGCGGAAGAAGAGGAGGAGGAGAUUGAUGAAGGCGAGGAUCAUUUCACCUUUCCAAACCUGCACACAACACCUCUCGCAAGCACCGAAUGUACCGACGACGAGGCAAAGUUUCUCGAAAAGUGUUCGAAACUCAAUUCACAAACGUUAACAGCAGAAUUCGCUACACUCGCAUCUCCGAUCGAUUGUGAAUUGUCGUGUCCAUCAAUUGCAGAAGUGGUGAGCAGUGAGGAAAACCACGUAUCUACAACCGAUGCAAACAGUGCAGUAAACGAGGGCCUUAUUUAGAAAUAUUGUAUAUAAGUUUCAAGAAAAGGAUAAACAAAUUAAGACACUCGACUCUUUCAUGGGUUUCGAACGAUUCAAUGCAUGUUUUCGGAAAUGUUCUUUAAUCUACAAACAUCAAGUAUUAUAUUUACCACGAUCCCGUGGAAGCGGGUUCAAUAGCAAUCUGUUUUAUUAUGGAUCUUUUAGAAGUUACGAAGUUGCCCCUUUACAUCGCACACAUAUUUAAAUACAUUAUCGCUGCAUAUGAAGAAUAUUUAUUUACGCAUAUCGGUAAUAGUAUCGGCAGAGUCUUCCAAUGUAUGGCCAGUAAUCACUUCAAAUCAACGUCUUGUUGAAGACUUUGCAUCCAACAUGUUAAGAUAGUUGCAAACCAUCCAAUAGAAAAAAGGUCGACACCGCUUCUGAACACACGCACCUGUUUAUGUGUAUU